AUGGCUAGGACUGGGACGAGAGAAGGGGAGGGGGAGGAGCUCUUGUACUGGACUCUUGAGGAACUCGCGGCGAUCGAGGUCCCCUCUUCCCGAGCAAUUACAAAGCCCAAAUCCCACUCCAACAACGUCCAAUACCGGUAUAUCACUUCACAACAGCACAACAAAAUGUUAGACCAAAAGCUUCGUCCUGGGAAUAUGGAGUUACAAACUCCCCGUUGGAUUCGGGAAUACACCACGCCGUACGGGUACGGCGCGGAAAGCCGGAAAGACGGAUGCCCAUCCAUCCCCCUCCCCUACCCUACCCUACCCUCUUCAACGAGCUUGCGUCCUGGUGAACAUGGCAAUGGUGAUGGUAGUGGUGGUGGUGGUCUGCUUGCGUCCCUCCCCCCCAAUCCCGUCUCGUCCCAUCCCAUGCCCUUCAUCCUUCCAUCUACAUCUGGAGAAAAGGGGUGGCAAGUCGUCCAUCACACUUCCUUACUCCGCCUUGUCCCGAACUACCCUUUCGUUACCGCCCUCAUCCACCCGUACACACACCUCCCCUCCAACUCCCCUGCCCUGCCCUUCCUUGUCACCUCUUCUGUGCGCCUAUCUCGCCUCUCAAGUUACCUCAUCUCAUCUUCCCAUCCUUCCAGGAGCAAAAAAUAG